AUGUUUAUGCAUGGGGAUUGGGUGGAUAUGGUGCUGAUGGGGUUAGGGUUUCUGGGUGCCUUCUGCGAUGGGAUAGCAAUGCCUGUGAGUAUGUUCGUCAUGAGCAAGCUGAUGAACACAAUCGGAAACUCAGCUGAUCUGCAGUCUCAGAGUUCUUCUUCAAUGGCGGCUGACAAUUUCACUCACGCUAUCAAUAAGAAUGCACUAAUAAUGUGCUACAUUGCUUGCGGACAAUUUGUGUGUGGCUUUCUUGGGGGAUAUUGUUUCUCCAGAACAGCAGAGAGACAAGCUUCAAGGCUACGAGCAACAUAUCUGAAAGCUGUAAUGAGACAAGAUAUCGGCUACUUCGAUCUGAAUGUAAACAGCACUUCAGAGGUCAUCAAAAGUGUCUCCACAGAUAGUCUACUUAUCCAAGAAACCAUUAGCGAAAAGAUUCCAGUUUUCGUGUCGAGUAUUUCCUCAUUCAUGGCAUACUAUGUGGUCGGAUUCACAUUGUUGUGGAGACUAGCAAUUGUGGGGCUCCCAUUUAUCGUAUUUCUUCUAAUACCAGGUUUGAUGUAUGGGAAGGUCUUAAUGAGCAUUGCAAGAAAAAUCAACGAUGAGUAUAACAAAGCUGGUGUAAUAGUCGAACAAGCAGUUUCUUCGGUCCGAACGGUUUAUUCAUUUGUCUGCGAGAGCAUGAUCAUCGAUGCAUACUCUAAUUCUCUUAAGGGGGCAAUGAAAUUGGGGCUGAGACAAGGCUUAGCCAAAGGCUUGGCCGUUGGUAGUAAUGGGAUUACCUUUGCAAUUUGGUCUUUCAUGUCUUAUUACGGCAGUCGAAUGGUUAUGUACCAUGGCGCUGAAGGAGGCACUGUCUACACUGUUGCAUUAACGAUGAGUAUUGGUGGACUCAUGCUUGGCCCAGCUUUACCAACUCUAAGAUAUUUCUCCGAGGCGAAAGCAGCUGCAGAACACAUAAAGAAGGUCAUGCUAAGAGUCCCUAAGAUUGAUUCGGACAGCAUCGAUGGCCAGAUACUACAAACUGUAUCCGGACAAGUCGAGUUCAGACAUGUCAAAUUUGCAUACCCAUCGAGGCCCGAAAGCAAAAUCUUCGAAGACUUCAAUCUAAAAAUCCCAGCAGGAAAGACUGUAGCAUUGGUUGGAGGAAGUGGAUCGGGGAAGUCGACAAUUGUUUCUUUAUUACAGAGAUUCUAUGAUCCUCUUGGAGGCGAGAUUCUCCUUGACGGCGUCGACAUAAAAAAUUUACAGCUUAAGUGGCUAAGAUCACAGAUGGGGUUGGUGAGUCAAGAACCCGCCCUCUUCGCUACCUCAAUCAAAGAGAACAUACUUUUCGGUAAGGAAGAUGCAUCGAUGGACGAUGUCAUCGAAGCUUCGAAAGCUUCCAAUGCUCAUAACUUCAUCAGUCUAUUGCCUCAAGGUUAUGACACUCAGGUUGGCGAGAGAGGAGUACAGAUGUCCGGUGGGCAGAAACAGAGGAUCGCCAUAGCUAGAGCCAUAAUUAAAGCUCCUAAAAUCCUUCUACUCGACGAGGCCACCAGUGCUCUCGACUCAGAAUCAGAGCGAUUAGUCCAAAAGGCUCUCGACAAGGCAGCAGUUGGUCGGACCACCAUCAUUAUAGCUCAUCGUCUUUCCACCAUCCGCAAUGCUGACCUCAUCGCCGUGAUCCAAAAUGGCGAGAUCGUGGAGAUCGGUUCGCAUGAUGAGCUAAUCGAGAACAACACCGGCCAUUACAGAAAGCUUGUUCGCUUACAAUAUUCCGAGAAAACCGAAGAGUAUUAUACUAGUCAUAAUAGCGUCGUACCUUCUUCGUCCAUCAUGAUCAAUGACAUUCAAACCACGAGUAGCAGACAGAUAUCCGCCAAUUUCGAUACAGAAAACCAUGGAGAAGACAAAACUAUAGUUGCGGCUUAUGAUCAAGUAUUUCCGACGCCUUCGAUGAGAAGACUAUUAGCCAUGAAUUUGCCGGAGUGGAAGCAAGCUACAUUAGGAUGCAUUAACGCAGUAUUAUUCGGUGCUGUACAGCCCUUGUAUUCCUUCGCCAUGGGAUCGAUGAUAUCUGUUUAUUUCCUACCAAAUCACGACGAAAUAAAAGAGAAGACGAGGAUAUACGCAUUAUGCUUUCUCGCGCUGGCAGUAGCAUCUAUUUUGAUCAACGUCGGUCAGCAUUAUUACUUUGCGGCAAUGGGGGAACACUUGACAAGGAGAAUAAGAGAAAGAAUGUUGUCCAAAAUGCUCACAUUUGAAAUCGGGUGGUUCGAUAAAGAUGAGAAUGCAACCGGCGCUAUAUGCUCUAGACUAGCAAAAGAUGCCGGCGUGGUGAGGUCUCUGGUAGGCGAUCGGAUGUCUCUGCUUGUCCAAACCUUUUCUGCAAUAAUCAUCGCGUGCACAAUGGGACUUGCCAUCGCAUGGAAGCUUGCUUUAGUAAUCAUUUCCACACAGCCAUUGAUCAUUGCAUGCUUUUAUUGUAGAGGUGUUCUUCUAAAGAAAAUGUUGCAAAAGUCCAUGAAAGCUCAAGAUGAAAGUAGCAAACUUGCAGCGGAAGCAGUCUCCAAUCUCCGGACUGUCACAGCUUUCUCUUCUCAAACUCGGAUACUCAGAAUGCUCGAGAAAGCCCAAGAAUGGCCGCGAAAGGAGAGCAUACGACAGUCAUGGUACACAGGAAUUGGACUCGGGACUUCCGAGAGUCUUACGAUGCUAACAUUGGCCUUAGAUUUUUGGUAUGGUGGCAAAUUGAUAGCAAAAGGCACCAUUGGAGCGGAGGCGCUGUUUCAGACAUUCAUGAUCCUUGUAAGCACGGGAAAUGUCAUAGCCCAGGCUGGAACCAUGACCAAUGAUUUAAACAAAGGUGUUGAUUCAGUUAGAUCUAUUUUUUCUAUCAUAGACCGGUGUUCGUUGAUUGAGCCAGAAGAUGCGACCGGUGUGAAGCCAACUAAGCUAACAGGCCAUGUCGAGCUGCGCAACAUCGAAUUUGCUUAUCCAUCUCGACCCGAUACAAUGGUGCUUAAAGAUUUUUCCAUAGUGAUUGAGGCAGGGGAAUCUACUGCACUUGUAGGCCAAAGCGGAUCCGGAAAAUCAACCAUUAUAGGCUUAAUCGAACGUUUCUAUGAUCCUCUUCGAGGAGAGGUUAGAAUCGAUGGACAGAACAUCAAGACAUAUAACUUGAGGGCUUUAAGGAAGCACAUUGCACUAGUCAGCCAAGAGCCGACGCUUUUCGCCGGCACAAUCAGAGAAAACAUAGCUUACGGAGCAUUAGAAGAGAUCGAUGAAGCCGAGAUCAUCAAGGCAUCCAAAGCUGCAAAUGCUCAUGAAUUCAUAUCAGGGCUAAAGGAAGGAUACGACACUUUCUGUGGAGUCAGAGGAGUGCAGCUGUCCGGAGGCCAAAAACAGAGGAUCGCCAUUGCUCGUGCCAUCCUUAAAAAUCCGGCAAUCUUAUUACUAGACGAGGCGACGAGCGCGCUCGACAGCCAGUCAGAGAAAAUUGUGCAGGAAGCAUUGGAGAGGGUGAUGAUCGGCCGGACAAGUAUUGUGGUGGCGCACAGGCUGAGCACUAUACAGAAUUGCGACAUGAUCGUAGUUAUGGAGAAAGGGAAAGUGGUGGAGAAAGGAACACACUCAUCGCUACUAGCCAAAGGAUCAAAUGGAUCGUACUAUUCGUUGGUUAGUCUACAGAGAAAGAAAUGAUAGUUCAUUUUUUAUUUUUUUUUAAAGGGCAAGGUAGAA